AUUCAUCGCUUUUAUUCUAUACCUAGAAACUCGAACCCGGCCCAAGAAGACAUCAGCCCUUCGAUAUGGACUCAUCGUCAUGGAAAGCAUACGGCCAGAUGGAUCCGGAGUUAACGCUAUUGCUGCCGAAUCUGCCUCCAAACAAAUCUUUCGCAGAUUACGGAGACGCGAAUGCCCUGCGCCAAGCGGUUCUUGAGCAGUUUGGGGCAUUGAUAGCGUCCGGCGUGAUCAUGAUGCCCGACUGGACGGGUGCGAAGAGAGAAGAGAUCCAGAUUCCUGCUCGAGACGGCGCGUCGCUUCGUGCGAUAGUCUACGGUCCGGGUACCGGAACCCCCGGUCCGCUGCUGGUGUACUUCCACGGUGGUGGGAUGGUGUUUGGCAUGGCGGAAGCAUUCGAAGUGGGUGCUAAGGUUUUGACGGAACAGCUCGGGUGCACCGUUGUCAGCGUGGACUACAGGCUGGCCCCAGAGAGUGUAUUUCCAACGGCUGGCAAUGAUGCGUGGGACUCGCUAAAAUGGGUGGCAGAGAAUGCAUCGAAGCUGGGAGCAGACCCGUCGAAGGGAUUCAUCGUCUCGGGCGCCUCAGCGGGCGGAAACCUCGCAGCUGUGGCUGCGCAUGAGGCUGCUGAUGCAAAGCUGUCGCCUCCGUUGACGGGCGUCUUCCUUUGCAUCCCGUUCCUGGUUCAUCCGGACGCUGUGCCGGAGAAAUAUAAGCCGCAUUACAACAGCUGGGAGGAGAACAAAGACGCGAUGAUCCUGGACCAACGGGGCAUGCUAUGGUUCUUCGACCAGUACAAGGUCGAUCCAACAUCGCCUCUCGGCAGCCCGCUGAUUUGGCCGAGCGGCCACAAGAGCCAACCUCCAACGUACUUCCAAAUCUGCGGGAUGGAUCCGCUGCGGGAUGAGGGUUUGAUCUAUGAGUCUAUCCUGCGCGAGGAAUGCGGCAUCGCGACAAAGAUGGACGUGUAUAGCGGAAUUCCGCAUGCAGGCAUGGACUUUUUGCCCAUGCACUCGGUCGCUGCGAAGGCGCUGGUGGAUAUGAAGGCCGGCGUUGAAUGGCUCUUGAGCCAGAAGCCUUGAGGGUGGAUGAAGUACGACGGGGCGGAAGCCGCGGGGACCCUGCUAUGGGACCGUGCGCAUCACGUGCUUUCGCGCUUCGUACGCGAGCU